UCCCCUUCUCACACUCCUCCCUGUUUCUGUCUCGCCCCGUGGAGUGGAGACCAUCCCCGCUGUAGUAGUGGCGUCCUUUUUCAUUACUAUCUGCGGAUGCUGCGGAGCAGGAAAUGCCUCGUGAUCUCUCGCCGGUCAUUUAGCGAGCUGACUGCGUGGCUGCGUAACGCGGAGAGAAGGCGCGCGGACUAAUUGGAUCGACGCGGGCACUUCGUGCGUCAGGAUGCUCGCGGCGGGUCGACGCUGCGCCCUGACGGCGGCGGCGGUGGUCGUGCUGCUGGCGUGCGUGCUGUCCUUCAACGUGGACCAGAACAACGGCCUGUCGUUCAGCGGGCCACUGGAGGACAUGUUCGGCUACACCGUCCAGCAGUUUGAGAACAGCGAAGGGAAGUGGGUUCUGAUCGGAUCCCCGCUGUCUGGGCAGCCGGCGAAGCGCACAGGAGAUGUCUACAAAUGCCGCGUGGGGAAGGAGGACAACACGUGCGUCAAACUGGAGCUGCCCCAAAACACAACAGUUCCCAACUUACGUGAAGUCAAGGAGAACAUGACCAUGGGAACCACGCUGGUGACCGAUCCCAACGGAGGAUUCCUGGCGUGCGGCCCUCAGUACGGCUACAUGUGCGGCCCGCAGCUCUACAUCUCCGGCGUCUGCGCCAACGUCAGCUCCUCCUUCCAGAUCCUCAACUCGGUGGCACCGACCGUGCAAGAGUGUGGGAAGAAGCUGGACAUCGUGAUGGUUCUGGACGGCUCUAACAGUAUCUACCCGUGGUCCAGCAUCAUCGACUUUCUGCGCCGCUUUAUUGAGAAUAUAGAGAUUGGACCUGAGCGCUCACAGGUGGGAAUCGUGUCCUACGGCGAGACCGUGACUCACCGCGUCAACCUGAGCCAGUUCGACAGCACUCCCAAGCUGCUGAGAUUCGUUGAAGACCUUCCUCAGCAGACGGGCUUCAAGACCAUGACCUUCUUGGGAAUUGAUACUGCCAGGAAGGAGGCCUUCAUGCCUGAGCGCGGUGCACGACCUGGUGUGAAGAAGGUCAUGGUAAUCGUGACUGAUGGUGAGUCGCAUGACUUCCAUAACCUGGACAAGGUCAUCAAAGACUGUGAAAACGAUGACAUCGAGAGGUUUGGCAUUGCUGUCUUGGGAGACUACAAUCGCCAAAACAAAAGUGCAGAGGAAGUACAAAAGUUCAUUAAGGAGAUCGAGUCCAUCUCCAGCGAGCCGCUGCGAGAGCAUUUCUUCAACGUGUCUGAUGAGGUGGCCUUGUUGAACAUUGUAGAUACUCUGGGAAGCAGGAUCUUUGCUUUGGAAGCUACUACCAGCAAUUUCACCUCCUCCAUUGAGAUGGAGAUGUCCCAAACUGGAUUCAGUGCACAUAAUUCUAGAGAAGGGGUGUUACUGGGAGCAGUGGGAGCGUAUGAGUGGAAUGGGACCGUGGUGACGCACAAGGACGGGAGAACGAUCACGCCUGUGAAGAACGCAUUCUACAACGCAAACGUUGAGAAAGGCUACGAAGGGCUGGCCGGGUACCUCGGCUACGACGUCCAGUCAGCCUCCACCCGUGGAGGAGUGCUGCACAUCACCGGCGCACCGCGCUACAACCACACGGGCCGCGUGGUCGUCUAUCGGCUCGACGCGAACAACGAGGUCGUCGUCUCGCAGAUCCUGAAAGGAGAGCAGAUCGGCUCCUACUUCGGCGGCGUCCUGCAGACCGUGGAUGUGGACGGCGAUUCCUACACGGAUCUCCUGCUGGUUGGAGCUCCCAUGUACAUGGGCUCCGAAAGGAACGAGCAGGGACAGGUCUACGUGUAUAAGCUCAACGAGGGCGACCAGUUCGAGCACGAGUUCACCCUGAAGCCCGUCAAUCAGUCGUGCUGCACCGCCCGCUCGGGCACCUGCGCCAACAAAAACGAGCCGUGCGGCGCCCGCUUCGGCACCGCCAUCGCGGCCGUGACGGACCUCAACCUGGACGGGUUCAACGACGUGGCGAUCGGCGCGCCGUUCGAGAACGACCACCGAGGGGCCGUCUACAUUUACCACGGAGACAAGGCGUCACUGAAAGAGAAGUUUGUGCAGCGCAUCCCUGCAGGUGGGGACGGUGAGAAGGUGAAAUUCUUCGGUCAGUCCAUCCACGGAGUGAUGGAUCUGAACGGAGACGGCAUCACUGAUGUUACUAUAGGAGGACUUGGAGGCGCUUCGCUAUUCUGGUCCAGAGAUGUCGCCGAGCUUCAGGCCAACAUGACCUUUAACCCCGCCAAAAUCAACCUGCAGCACCCGCAGCACCAGUGUGAACACGGCGGCCGCAAGUCUGUGUGCGUGUCCGCCGAGGUGUGUUUUUCCUACAGCGUCAAAUCCGACAACCAGGACCCGAGCUCUGCUGCAGUCAUCCGCUACAGUCUGACCCUGGACGCGCUGCGAGCCAAAGCCAGGGCUUCAUUCAUUGACCCCGACGCCGAGGACAAAAACGAGCGCAGGAUUGUCAGAAACCUCACCAUCGGCGACAGAGGGACAAAAUGUCUGAAAGAGACCUUCAUGAUGUCGGCCCGGCUGGACUUCCGCGAUGCUCUCAUGGUGUCUUUGGAGUUCGGACUAGCCGAAGACGUCGGCCCCGUCCUGGAUGAAAGCCUUCCCCGGUCCAUUAAUAAGACAAUUGCCUUAGUGGACUGUGGGGGUGACGAACGGUGCAUCGCUGACCUCUCUCUGUCAGUGCGUUGCAGUGAAAAUAGGCUCGUUAUCAAACCAAAACCAAACACCAACAAGAUCGACGUGGACGUCCAAGUCAGGAACAGCCGGGACAACGCGUACAACACCAAAGCCGUCCUCAGCUUCACGCCCAACAUCAACUACGUCAAAGUAGAGCCUGAGAAGGGAUGCACGCUGAACGGCACAAAGCUGGAGUGCGCUGUUGGAUACCCGUUCCUGGGAACCAACGCCGAGGAAACAUUCAGAGUGAAAUUCGAGGUAAAUCCUGAACACAUUCAGGAGGUCAUUCAGAUCAAUGUGACGACUACAAGUGACAGUGAGGAGCUGGACUCGACCCUCCACGACAACGCGAAGCAAAUCUCCAUCCCUGUGACGUAUGAGGUCGGACUGGCCUUCUCAGUGCAAACCGUGGACAAACACAUUGUAGUGAAGGAGGGCGAUCUGUUCUCCAGUAUAUUCAACGACACCAGUCUGAUUGGAGAGGAGGUCAAGAUCAACUACACGGUGGAGCGUUUGGGCGACGCGGUGCUGCCUGAGCUGGGCCUCACGGUGACCUACCCCCACGUGUCUCCGCGGAAGAACAACCUCCUGUACCUGACGCACGUCGCCAGCAGCCCACAGGCCAGUUGCAACACCAAGAUCAACCCCGAAAAUAUCAACCCGGACAGAGUGAAGCCCAACCCAGUGAAGGAAACGCUCAGUGAUUUCCUGUUGAGCUGUGAUAAGCUUCCCUGUGAGUCCUUCACCUGUCUCCUCCCCGAGGCCAAGGUCAGUCAGGUCAACGUGACUUUCAGGGUGUGGAAACCUACGUUCAUUAAGGGGGAGUAUUCCUCCCUGAGAAUGAUGGUGGACGGAGUUUUGGACGUCAAAAAAACAAGUCUGUUUCAGCUGAACCCUGAUGUCAAAAGCAGAAAAGUAACGAUCCAGGUUUCCAAGGAGGCCUUAGGAGGGAUCCCUAUCUGGGUCAUCAUUCUCAGCAUCCUCAUAGGACUGCUGAUCUUAGCACUUGUCAUUCUAACACUAUGGAAGGUUGGUUUCUUCAAGAGAAAAUCCAGGGACUACAAAAAAGAGCAAAUAAUGGACUGAGUCAGCAGAUGACUGAUGGCUUCCGGAGCCAAAGUGACAGGCAGACUGAAUUUUAAAUAGACAGACAGGCGGUGGAGACACCCAAAGACACCUCAGCGCUACGACACAGUGACUACCUGAAGAGCAGUUAGCAGUUCGUCAUUUUGUCCCUGUUUUUUACACUUCGAGUCACUGGAGCUGAUCAGAUGUUUCACGUACAGGGAGUGCUCGUAUGCUUUAACUCCGAUGACCUCACAUCUCGGAUCAGGACGUCCAAUAAGAGCACCCGGACAGAAGAUGGACAUCAAUUCCAGAUGUUAUGUUCAUUAUUAACAGCAUUAUCCUGUGUUAUACAUGAAGUUUUUUUUCCAGCUUUAAAGGAGGAACGUACUCAGGUUUAAAGAGUUAAAGUUGCCCAGGCCACCACACAUACCUUCUGCAUCCUUAAACUCACAGUAUCCAACAUUUGCCGGUGAGACAGUAUGUGAACUUUGUUUGUGUUGUAGCUUGACCUCUUGCCUUCAAGCAUGUGCUUGAUUAGUUUUACGAAACACUGUACCUGUAGCAUUUUGUUUUAGUGUGACAUCUUUGUGGAGAUUAUUAACAUAUGGCACAUUUUGACCUGGACACAAGCUUCAAUGCUUUCACAUGAUAACCUUACUUAAAAAAGGAAAAAAAUGAAAUGUUAUAUUUGUUUGUCCACUUUGUCUAAACCUUUUAGUGUCAGUGUAGUUUUAUCUUCUUGUUAGUGAGAGACACCAAAUGUUGUGCUUUGCCCAAAACUUUAAUUUUAAUGUAAAUAUAGACAAGCUUAAAAGUGUAAAACUAAAUAUGUACAUAGUUGGGUUUUUUAUGUUUUGUAAUUUAAGAGAUGUUAUCCACAGAUCUCUAUUUUUUGUGUGUAAUUAGUGGUCAGAGAGGAUUUUGCUCAGGUGCUACAAGUAUCAUGGAUGAUGACGUUGAGGUUGGAUCUAUAGGACAAUCAUUUGGCCUUUUUUUGGCAAUUUCAAGGCUGAUGCAAAUGUGUGAAUACUCUUUAUUUUAUUGAAACAAUGAAAGUACAAUUAUUCUGUACUACAAAUAGGAAUUUGUAUCUGCUACUUUGAUUUGAAGCCUGUAAAUGUGUUUUUAAAAGGCUUUAACAUGAUGAAAAUGAAAAGAUUUCAGUGGUUCAUAGGUGUUUUGUUAUUGUGGUAGAUAGUUUGCAGGCAGACCAGAAUAUGCACAUGUAGUGUUGUAGGCAUAUUGUUAUCCAGUAUGUGGUACACAGUACUCUGAACUGUUUUCAUUCAGUCUAAUUUCUAAUCUAUUUUUCAAAAGUUGCACAGCUACACAUUUUGUUAAGAGGCUCUGUUGUAUAUUGAUGAGGUCGCCCCCCUCUCCCAUUGUUUUACCAUAAAAGUGAGUCAGUGACUCCUCAGACAUCUCUCGCCACUGUUGACAUGAAGCACAUAUGAUGAAUUGUAUGUACUCCUUUUUAGAUUGUGUGGCUACAUCCAGCUUAUGCACGAGGGACGAGUUAGGGGUCUCCCUUUGACUGCUUGAGGUGGUCAGGGAAUAUGUUUUUCUGAUCUUACUUUCUGGCAACAUCUAAGAAAAGUCAGACACAAAGUGAGAUUUGUGAGCUCCACCCAGCCUUCUACACUGCUGUGAAGUCUUUACUGUAAUGCACUAGUUUGUUAAACUGUAUGCACCCUCAUCAGCACAGAAAUGGACGGAAACUUAUGUACAAAAUAAACACAUUUUACAAAGAA